UACGCACAACGGAGCUGCAAGAGGCCGAAGAAAGCGUGGUGUGUGGGGGGGCCGACGAAGUAAACGCUCGGUGCUCCGAUGGCAACGCCAGACACACGUUUGAAUCCAAUCAGCUCUGAGGGUUGGUGAAAAUACAGCUGCGGGCGGGCGUGUUUCGGGCACAUCAAAGGGAGAGGGGCCUUUCGUACCAGUCAAUCCAUCUCCGGGCUCUCACGUACAGCUCCACCACAAGCACCGAUACCAACCACACACCGCCAACCUUCGGGAAGUUGUUCUUCAUCAACCAGCACGUGUGUGUAUCGAGGGGCACGCGUGCUGGUAGCUCGACGGGAGCGGCUUAGUUGGGGCGAUCGGUGGCCCACCUGUCGCAAACGCUCGUAUAACAGCAACAGUGGAGCUGUUCCGCGCCCGCGGAGAGGGGGUGGCGCGAAGACUACCAUGGGAUGCGUCAACUCAAUUCGGAUAAUGGACGCCGAUGCUGCGACAAAUGCGGUGGACAAGCAGCUAGAGGACCUCGCCUUAGCAGAUCAGCGGCACGUCAAGGUGUUACUCCUGGGUGCAGGAGAGUCGGGAAAGAGCACCGUGGUCAAGCAGGCAAGCAAAGGCGGCAUAUUGAACGUGCUGUGCACCCCCUAA